AGCGCUGCUAACUGGAGUUGUAUCGAGUCCUUUGGCCAGUGGCCUCCUGUUUUAUUACCGCCUUUCCAUCCGCUUCUCAGGUAUGGGAGCCGACAACCUGCCUGAGUGGCUCAAGAGAUUCCAGGAGGACGAGAAACACCGCACUUCUGUGUUGAGGAAGCUGAAAUAUAGGGAAGAUAAGAGAGUGCAGUAUAGGACGCAGGCGAUCUCGCAUGAGCAUUCUGAACAUGGGAUCGAUGAGGCAGGACUGCAGUCUUUCUACUCUGUCCAAAUGGGGCAAAGGAAUAUCGCGCUGAAUAGGUAUUUCGCCAUAGAACCAUACGAUCGCGGGUGUUGUAUGGUCAAUAGUGGCCCAUCCGGCGGAGAGCAGGUUUACCUCAACGGGAAUUGGGUCAGAGAGCGUGCUGGCGGGAUGUGGUGGCUGGCUACGCAGGCGCCACUGCCGUCCACUAUGUAUUCGUUCUUUGCGCUUUGUACGCCGCUCACGCCUCCCCAUCAACGAAUCAGGACGAUUGUGCGGCUUACGGUAGAUAUAGAAAGAGGGCGGCGGAAGGCGCAUCCUUAUAUUCCUAACGAACCUGGGGAUGGAUUCCGGUUCACUCCACCAACCGGAACGACGGACACUUCCAAGACUCCACCCACGAUCGAAGUGACGCUUCUGUCUAGGGAAACCUUAGAGGACGCCCAAUUGAUCCAGAGCACACUUCAAGUCCGACUUGUCCCACCGAACGCAUCAUCUGCCAGCAAUGGCCAUGACGGAGCUGACUUCGGAAGUAUUGUGAAGCACUUUCAUUUUGACGGCUGGCCAGAUCAUGGGUUGCCGAAUACCGCAGGGCCGAUCAUCCACCUUGCAAAAGAAGUAGACAAGGCCAAUCGGGCACCUUGUUCUGUCACCACCUCAUCGGGUGGGAACAGUAUCAUUGACACGGCUUCACCGCCAAUAUCAUUGGCACCGUCGUCGCCAGAGGUCUUAUCAUCGAUAGCACCCAUCCUGGCGCACUGCAGUGCUGGGAUCGGUCGCACAGGCACAUUUAUUGCUAUCUCGUCUGUCCUUCGAGCAAAUGGACUGCUUGAUCGCACGGGUGAUCAAUUGGACCCGUCUCCGCCACCCUCUGCACACUCUCCAUUGGGUGAAUUAAACGGCACGGAUCUGAAGGCGGACAUCAUCGCACAGGAGGUAGAUUCGCUGAGAGAACAACGGCCAGGGAUGUUGGAGUGGCCUGAGCAGACGGAGUUCGUGUAUCACGUACUUGCCGAGGCUUUGUCAAACCAGAAGGUCGAUUGAGAGCAAUCCGAUCCUCCUAGUUUAAUUUUACAAUGCCAGGGAGCCUUCGGCUGUGUCCUCUGUCUAUCUUGCCUGAAUCAUCGCGUGUUGUGCGACUAUGCAUGUGGGUCUUCGUAGGAACCUGAUGUCGGCACGUUCAUGCAGUGGAGACUUCACGGUCUUACUAGUUAUCUCAAUUCUUUUUCUAUUUCAGGUUGUGAGUCAGAUGGUGAAGGAGAGGGAAUUCGAACGCAGAUUGAUAUUC